AUGCGCAUUCCAGAUGUAAAUAAAAUACUAUUAAAUAAAAUCCUGAAAAAUAAAAUGCCUGACGCAAAAAUCGAGAACAUAUUCCAAAAUAAACAUAAUUUAUUUACUAUCCAACCAUCAGAUACAAAAACAUAUAAUCAACUAUUAACAUCUUUUCCGACGGAUUCAUUUCCAAGUGAAAAACAUGGUAUUAAAGUCUAUGUUCCAAGUAACAUCAAAUCAGUGUUGGAUACGGAAAAAGUUGCCUUUAUAAAACAUGUUGACCAAUAUUUUUCAGUUGAUGAAAUCAAGCAUGCAUUAACAAUAAAUGGUUUUAAAUUUGACAGUGCUGAACGUAUUUAUGUUAAAAAAGAUAAUAAACCAACAAAAACAAUAAAAAUUAUUUUUGUUGAUAAAUUAAACUGUGAAACAUUUUUAAAAACCGGGUUAAAAAUUAAUUAUUUACAUUAUGAUGCUGAACCAGCUAAAUCAAAUACGCAGCCCGUUCAGUGCUGCAAAUGUUGUAAAUUUGGACAUCUAGCAAAAUAUUGCAAAAAUGUUGAAAUAUGUAAUAAAUGUAGUGGUUCACAUGCAGGAAACAUUUGUACAAGUACAGAUGUUAAAUGCAUAAAUUGUGGCGAACAACAUAUGGCAACAUCAAAACAAUGUAAAGAAUAUUUAAGAAAUAAAGAGAAAAUUAAGAAAACAAGUCACGAAUAUACAACACCAACAAAACAAAAACCUAAUAUGCAAAUACCACCGUUAUUAUCAUCUACAUUGCCAAUGAACCUGGUAAGCAGCCGCAAAGGUGAGGCGAUACCACCACCAAUACAAGGACAAACACAAGCAAUAACAACACAAAUUCAGCCUGAUCCACCUACUUUAACAGCCGCAUUGGUAUCCACAAACAAAAAUAUGUUAUUCAAUUUAACACCAGCCAUAAUGCUCAACAAAUCUCUAAAAUCACCAUCGGAAAAUUGCCCAUCAAGAGAUGAUACAAUAACAAGAUCGAGAGCAAGAUCAAAUUCAAAGAAAAAUCAACGACAACCACACAAAAAAUCACAGACGUUGAUGGAUCAUUCGGAAAUGAGAAGAGGUAAUUCUAAUGUUGCUGAUUCAUUAUCGGAUCGUCAAUCAACAACUAUGGAUACAUAA